AUGACGGAGGCAAUUCACCUUGUGUGGAGGCUGGUAGAGCAGUAUCGAGAAAGGAAGAGGGAUCUUCGCAUGGUGUUUAUCAACCUGGAGAAGGCGUAUGACAAAAUCCUUAGAGAGGUUCUUUGGAAAUGCUUGGAGGCAAAGGGGGUACUAGUGGCGUACAUACGAUCGAUUAAGGACAUGUAUGAGGGGGCGAAGACCCGUGUAAGGACGGUGGAGAAAAUGAGGAUAUUACGUUGGAUGUGUGGAUUCACGAGGGCUGACAUGGUUAGGAAUGAGAUUAUUCGGGAAAAGGUGGGAGUGGCGUCGGUGGAAGAUAAGAUGCAGGAAGUGAGGUUGAGAUGGUUUGGUCAUGUGAUGAGAAGGAGCAGGGAUGUCCCUGUUCGUAGGUAUGAGGGGUUUGCCUUGGAUUGUUUCAAGCGGGGGAAGGGUAGACCGAAGAAGUACUGGAGAGAAGUAAUUAGACGUGACAUGAAACAGUUACUGCUUUCUGAGGACAUGACCCUUGAUAGGAAAGUAUGGAGGAAAAAUAUUAGGGUAGAGGGCUAA